AUGCCGCCGAAGAACCAGCGCUCCAAGACCGUGGUUGACACCCCUGUUGUCACGGCUAACGAUGAUGUUUCUGUCGUCAAUGAUGAUGUUCCUGCGAAUGGAGGGAUCAAUGAAGAGGCAACAGUCGUCAAUGAGCCGGUCGCUGGAAGCUCAGGCUUGUCUGUGGAAGAGAAGGCAACUAUGGAUCAGUCAAGCCCGCAGUCAUCUGAUGCUGUGGAAGACUACGAAGAUGAGGACACUGAUGACGAGAUGGAGGUUGAUACGGACAAGGAGGAUGUGUCCAGGCUGCGCUCUACGGCUAUUCUACUACUUCCCUUCAUUCUCAGUCAGGAAGUCGCUUGCGUGAUUGAUGCCGUUAAAAUGCUGAUGAAGCGUGGGUGGUACGCUGAACUGUCAGUUAACGCUUUGUCCACGGCUAAGUUUCAGGUGUUGCAGCCAUCGUAUAUCGCGAAAGUUCGUUACUGCCGCCUACAGAUCUCCUUCCUGCUGGACAUGGACGUGGAAACAGUGAUGAGGAAGGAGGUGGUGUAUCAGCGGUUGAAUGGGAACCUGGUUAAGCUUCACUGGCAACACACGGAGAACGUGCUCUUUGCGCGUGAGAAGGCGCUUCAUCCUCAGGCGAUUGAGGUGAUCUUCAAGGGAGUGUCGGCAGUGAUUGACCCUGACCUGCUGGUGGAACAGAUGUCAACCUACCUGCUGAAGUCGACCAAGCGUCCUGCUUUCGCACGGAGCUCCAAUUUCCAUCCACUGAUCUCGACUGGAAGCAACAGGGAGGAGUGGGUUUGUACUCAAGACGGAUGCGGAAAGGCGAAGGGGAAGAGCUUUAUGGCUGCCUCGGAUCAUGUCGCCUCUGCCGCUCACAUGCUGCAUCUGGAGAAGUUCGGCACUGCUACCCGUGUGUCGCUAGAGAAAGCCAACCUCACCAUUGUCCGGAAAGAGUACGGCUUCUGA